AUGGAAGACAAUCCGAUUCUACGACGAUUACUCGAGCAGAUUGAAUUGAUGCGACAACAACAUGCUGAAGCAAUGGAGAAUCUUCAUCCGACCUAUCCAUCAAACCCAACUCGGACUCAUCGUUCCGAGCAUACCCAUAUUAGUCGUCCCGUCGAUGAUCACCACACGGUUCGUCGACACCCUUUUGUUGAUGGUAUUAUGGAGGUUCCUCUUCCACCUUCAUGGAAACCACUCAAUAUUGAGCGCUAUGACGGCACCACAAAUCCAGAUGAACACAUUGAUGCGUAUAUCACUCAAAUCAACCUCUACACAAAUGAUGACGCCAUCAUCUGCCGUGUAUUCCCCACCUCGCUCAAAGGCGCUGCCCUUAGUUGGUACACCCAAUUACCACCCCGUUCGAUUGACAACUUCAAUACUUUGGUGCGCCUUUUCUCCGCCCAAUAUGCUACCAGUAGACCCCAUCAUAUCACAUCGGUCGCGCUCUCCAAUUUGCGACAACAUGAUGAUGAGUCAUUAAGGCAUUUUAUGGAACAUUUUGCUAACAUUUCUAUCAAAAUACGCAACCUUAAUCCUGAAGUCGCCCUUCAUUCCAUGCUUAUGGCGCUUAAACCUGGACCCUUUGUGGAUAGUCUUUGCCGACAUCAACCCGCCAGCAUGGAUGAACUCCGAGCACGUGCAACCGGAUAUAUUCAAAUGGAGGAGCACGCCGAGUUUCGUAACUCUGUCCGCGACAGUUUCCCCGAAAAGGGAGAGUCUAGCACCAAAGAGAAAUCCAAGACUCAUUUUGACCAGAGAUCAAAAAGACCUCGUCAAUCACGAGGUCCCAGGUAUGAAUUUUACACACCUCUCAACGCUCCCCGUGUUAAUAUUUUGGAGGAAGCUAACCAUGCAGAUUUGAUCUCUCUACCUCCACCGGCACACAACCCGGUCAACGCUGAUAAGAGCAAGCAUUGCCGUUAUCAUAGAAAUUACGGACACUCAACAGAGGAAUGCUGGAGCCUUAAAGAUCGAAUCGAAGAACUUAUCCAAGCUGGUCACCUCUGUGACACCCUCUACCCCAACGUUAAUACACAAUAA